ACCCCUAAAUCAAAACAAUAGAAAGCGGAAUAAAAUGACAUGUCCCAGCAAUGUGGCAGCGGGGUCCUUCCACAUGGACUCUUUGGUGGGAGGAUCCACCGCUUGCAGAGGUGAGGGUUAUUCCCCCGGCCCUGGAAUGUGUGCGCAGGCGUCCGCCGAAUAUGGCUGUUCGGUGAUGAGAAAUUAUGGAAUUUCGCCUUCACCCCUCUCCAAGCGGGACGAACCGUCUCCCAACACCAGACUGCCUCGCAGUGUCAGCUAUCACCAAACUUACCUGUCACAGCUGGACGCUUGGGAGGACAACCCUAAAAGUUCUUGCAGGAUCGAUCAGCCUGUUGCCCGACCCCUCUCCGCCUGCUCCGUCCGAGUGGACAAUGUCAAAGAGGAGUCAAUGUGCUGUCUGUAUCCAGCAGACAUUAACAGAGGCAAGAAGACAAGUGAGGCCCUCAAAGCUACCUACAUGCGAACAGCGAACAGCUGCCACACCGACAGAGUGCCCCUAUCUCUGCCGCACUACUUCAUGUUGAACGAGGAGUGCUCAGGUGAGAGGUCACAAGAAGGAAAUGGAUUCGGAACAGGUUUUACUCCCCUGACUAACGUGACGCCUUCUGGCGAAAUACCGCUUCCAGAAUCACUCACGGACACCAGCAAACCACAAGACCCAGUAACUGCAGACCAAAACACCGAGGAGCACAGCUCAACUGAAAGACAGUCGGAGAAGAAGGAAAGUGUCAAAAUGGACAUUAGUGCAGGCCAUUCGGACAACGAACUAAAAGAGGAAACGAAAGUGGAAAAUACCACCGGAAGCUGGCUAACAGCGAAAAGUGGACGAAAGAAGAGAUGUCCCUAUACAAAACACCAGACUCUGGAACUGGAAAAGGAGUUCUUGUUUAACAUGUAUCUGACUCGCGAGCGCCGACUGGAGAUCAGCAAGAGCAUCAACCUCUCCGACAGACAGGUCAAGAUCUGGUUCCAGAACCGGAGAAUGAAACUGAAGAAAUUUAACAGAGAGAACCGCGUACGAGAGAUCAGUUCGGGAUAUGACUACACCUGAACCCCUUCAUGCACAA